GUCGCACACGGAGACAGACACCGCGCUCUGCACGCAGCUGCUCCUCUGGCUGACUUUUCACAGUCCGACGGCCCGACAGAACUCAGCAGUCAUGGCCGGCAGUCUGACCCGCCAAGGCUCCCCCAAAGCCGGCUACAGCGCCAACAACGCGGCCCCGGCGCCGGUGGUCACGCAAACGGAGUCCAGGGACAAAUGGAGCAAAAAAAUGGAUUUUCUCUUGUCUGUUAUCGGUUUCGCAGUGGACCUGGGAAAUGUUUGGAGAUUUCCCUACGUGUGUUAUCAAAACGGGGGCGGUGCUUUCCUUAUUCCCUACAUUUUGAUGGCCAUCUUUGGUGGCGUGCCGCUCUUCUACAUGGAGUUGGCUCUGGGACAGUUCCACAGAACCGGAGCCAUAUCCAUAUGGAAACACAUUUGCCCCAUUUUCAAAGGUAUAGGAUAUAGCAUUUGUAUCAUCGCCCUGUAUGUGUCCUUCUACUACAACACCAUCAUCGCCUGGGCCCUUUUCUAUUUCUACUCCUCCUUCUCCACCAUCCUUCCUUGGACUAACUGUGACAAUGUGUGGAACACCCCCGACUGCACCAACUAUUUUGGCGUUGACAACGUCACCUGGACGAAUUCCUCCAGGUCUCCGGCUGAGGAAUUUUACACGAGGAAUGUUCUUGAAAUCCACAAGUCAUCGGGGCUGAAGAACGUUGGUGGUGUUCGCUGGCAGUUGAUGCUUUGCCUUUUUCUCAUCUUCACCAUCGUGUACUUCAGCCUUUGGAAGGGCGUGAAGACUUCAGGGAAGGUAGUGUGGGUCACAGCCACCUUCCCAUACAUUGUGCUUUUCAUCCUGCUAAUUCGAGGCGCCACUCUGCCGGGGGCCUGGAGAGGAGUCGUGUUUUACCUGAAGCCCCAGUGGGGGAAGCUGCUGGAGACCAGUGUGUGGGUGGACGCUGCCGCUCAGAUUUUCUUCUCCCUGGGACCGGGGUUUGGGGUGCUCCUGGCUCUCUCCAGCUACAACCCUUUCACAAAUAACUGCUAUCGUGACGCCAUUGUGACCAGUUUGGUGAACUGUCUGACCAGCUUCGUGUCCGGGUUUGUGAUCUUCACGGUGUUGGGCUACAUGGCAGAGAUCAGGAAAGUGGAGGUUGAGGAUGUAGCAAAAGACAAAGGACCGAGUUUACUUUUUAUCACUUACCCAGAAGCCAUUGCAAACAUGAUGGGCUCAACUUUUUUUGCAAUCAUCUUUUUUGUGAUGAUGAUCAUGCUGGGACUGGACAGCACGUUUGGUGGGCUGGAGGCCAUCAUCACGGCUGUGCUGGAUGAAUACCCGGAGCAGUUAGGCCACAGACGUGAACUCUUUGUUCUGGGGUUGGUAGUUGUCUGCUUUCUGGGCUCUCUAAGUACCCUAACAAAUGGUGGUGCCUAUGUGGUAAAGCUGCUGGAGGAAUUUGGAGUAGGCAGUUCCAUUAUAGCUGUGGGUUUCCUUGAGGCCAUCGCAGUUUCCUGGUUCUAUGGUAUCAAAAGAUUUAGCAAUGAUAUUCAAUCCAUGUUGGGCAAAUCUCCAGGAUUAUACUGGCAGGUGUGCUGGGUUGCCAUCAGUCCUGCAUUUUUAGCGUAUAUCAUCGUGAGCUCCCUGCUGAAAGGGCCGCCUCUAACGCUGUUUGACUACAAGUACCCCGACUGGAGCAUCACGGUGGGAUACAUCAUCGGCUUAUCAUCCUUCAUUUGGAUCCCCAUUUACAUGGUCUACAAGCUGGUGUGGACCCCCGGAUCCCUUAAACAGCGGUUGGCGGUGUGUCUCCGACCCGAGAGGACCAUACCAGACAUCCACGCUGAAAGCCUCAACAUGGCUACUGUGCCGUAGAAAGAAAAACACAUGAAAAACACCCUCGCUCGUAGCUUCUGCUCAAAACAUUUCUAUUUAAGUAUUUGUGACCGAACCUGAACGUCUUCUGGCACCGUGACUGUUACCUGCUGAUGAUGUCCGACAUGUCAACCCUCACUUCACACGUUCACUCUGUAAAAUGGUAAAUGCUGCUGAACUUGAGAUUCCAAGGGGAACUCCGGUAGUAAUCAAACCGUUCUCUGUGGUCUGCGUGUCCAGAUCUACAGUACGGAGCUUCACAUGAUGCUGUUUUCAAGUGUUCGUGCGGUUGAAGGAGUCAGCAGCAAUUACGUAAACUCAAACGCCAGCUGGCUUGAUCUCACAACAACAAUAUGCCAAGGGAAAUACAUCCAACUAGCUCUAGGUAACAUUCAGCAUAUUAUGUCUAUUAAAUGGGGCGUUUUUUCUCAUUUAGUUUAAUUGUUUCUGUUAUUUGUGAAAGCUAGAUGAAACAAUGGAAACACCAGCCUUGCACAUGGAGCAGCAGUGAGGUCAACACUGGGGGUUUUUUUUCACUAGAAUAAUCCUGGCAGAAGUGUUUUGCAUGUAAUUUCAUGAAAUAAAGAAAACUGGACGACACACUCUCAGUAUGUCAGCUGAUGUGUUUUACAUCAAGUGUUUACAGCUCUGAUGUAUUGUUUUGUGGCAAUUAAAAAAUAUAUUGUAUGUGGUUUGUAUUGAACUUUUUUUUUUUCGCUAGACAGAGAUAAGAGAUUAAAUUGGAUCAAAGCGUAAUCACGUCGGUCCCAGUAGUUUAUUUAAAUACAGUGCGUCUGUAGGAUUUCACGCCAGCCCUUAGAUAUAUCUGCUAAAAAUGUUAUGCUUUUUCUUUUUCCCUUUUCCCCUACAAGUGUUUUAAACAAGGAUACCUGAGGCCCUCAGACAAAGACCAUCAGUUCAUUUUCAGAAGAAUAUCUUGUUAAACAAAUCUAGUGCAUUGUUGUAGUAUUGGCAUCAGAGAACGUAUAGAACGUCCUGCCGUCCAGAACAUUAAAAUAUGAACGUUGAGUGACACCUGUGAGUAUAUUUUGGUUGUUUAUAUUUAAAAUGAACUUUUGGAUCUUUAUCUGAUGCCUUUGUUUAACUCAAGAUAGACUGUUUUGCCUUAACUAUUACACUGUUUUUACACAAAUUGUAAAGGUUGUAUUGACAUUGUGUCUCUCCAAUGUUUUCACUCAAAUUCAAGACUGUUAAAAUGUGCUGUUUUUUUGUAGACACACAAUAUCAUAUCACUUGUGUAUCAAUUUAUUUGAAAGCUCUUUAUCCUUUAUUAGUAUUCAGAGAGUAACGUGAGGAGCAAUUUGAUGAUUGUUGUGUAAUUUCAGCCCUUUUCAACCUUUGUAGUGCGAUGUGUAUAAAUUAAUUAUAGUAUCCGUUACUUA